UAAUUUAGUUGAAGACUUAGAGAUAAGAAAUUCUCCUUUCACUACUCUGAGGUAGAAUCAAAACUACACCCGUGCAUUGAAUAUGGUACAGGUUUACGAAGGUUAAGAGUUUGGUUUCAAUUUUUGUAAAAUUAAUUUUCCUUCCCCAAAUUCCUCUACGUCAAAAAAACAAAAGAAGGUAGAAUCAAGUCUAUAUUUUAUGAAUUAAUCAAGUCUGUACUUUCUGAUGUUUUGAUGGAUCUCUAUCAUGCCCCUAGAUAAUGGAGCAAUUUGUCGCCAGACCAUAUGUAGCUAUGUUCAAUGCUAUUCUUCGCAACUCUGAUGAUGACAUCCCAACAGAUCCUGUAUCUGAUCCCAUUAGUGAUUCCAUGGUGCUCCCUAUUCCAGUUGGCAAAACAAGUUUUGGCGCUGGUGCACAACUGAAAAAUGCGGUAAGCAAUCCAAGUGUGGCAUCUUAGGUUUAUUUUAGAGUCAGAUUAUUGGACAUUAUGUUAGACAAGUCACAUUAUUAUCACUCAACUAAUUGACUAUUUUAAUGCUUCUUUCCUGGGUGUUAGAAAUAGAAAAAGAAGGAGAAAUAUUUGAAGAAAAGUUUAUUACUUUC